CCUUUCACCCCCAAAUUUUCCCCGCAGCCGGCGCUGGGCCACGCGGAGGGCAAGGGCGGCGGGAAGCCCACCAUGCUGCGGGGCCGCGGCUCGGCCCCCUCCGCCGAGGAGCAGCCCCACGUCGGCAACUACCGCCUGCUGAAAACCAUCGGCAAGGGCAACUUCGCCAAGGUCAAGCUGGCCCGCCACGUCCUCACCGGCAAGGAGGUGGCCGUGAAAAUCAUCGACAAGACGCAGCUCAACUCCUCCAGCCUGCAGAAGCUUUUUCGGGAGGUGCGAAUAAUGAAGGUCCUGAACCACCCCAACAUAGUGAAGCUCUUUGAGGUGAUCGAGACGGAGAAGACGCUCUACCUCGUCAUGGAGUACGCCAGCGGGGGCGAGGUCUUCGACUACCUGGUGGCCCACGGGCGCAUGAAGGAGAAGGAGGCCCGGGCCAAGUUCCGACAGAUAGUGUCUGCCGUGCAGUACUGUCACCAGAAGUUCAUUGUACAUAGAGACCUGAAGGCGGAGAACCUGCUGCUGGACGCCGACAUGAACAUCAAGAUCGCCGACUUCGGCUUCAGCAACGAGUUCACGUUCGGGAACAAGCUGGACACCUUCUGCGGGUCCCCCCCCUACGCCGCCCCCGAGCUCUUCCAGGGCAAGAAGUACGACGGCCCCGAGGUCGACGUCUGGAGCCUGGGCGUCAUCCUCUACACCCUGGUCAGCGGCUCCCUGCCCUUCGACGGGCAGAACCUCAAGGAGCUGCGGGAGCGGGUGCUGCGGGGCAAGUACCGCAUCCCCUUCUACAUGUCGACCGACUGCGAGAACCUGCUGAAGAAGUUCCUCAUCCUCAACCCCACCAAGCGGGGCACCCUGGAGCAAAUCAUGAAAGACCGCUGGAUGAACGUGGGCCACGAGGACGACGAGCUGAAGCCCUACAUGGAGCCCGUGCCAGACUACAAGGACCCCCGGCGGACAGAGCUGAUGGUGUCCAUGGGGUACACGCGGGAGGAGAUCCAGGAGUCGCUGGUGGGGCAGAAGUACAACGAGGUGAUGGCCACCUACCUGCUGCUGGACCACAAGAGCUCGGAGCUGGACGAGAGCCUGGCGCUGAAGCCGCGGGCGGCCCCGGACCUGGCCAACAGCUCAGCACCCUCGCCGGCGCACAAGGUGCAGCGCAGCGUCUCCACCAACCCCAAGCGCCGCGUCAGCGACCAGGCCGGCCUCUCCAUCCCCACCUCGUCGUCCUACUCGAAGAAGACGCAGGCGGCCAACGCUGAGAACAAGCGGGCGGCGGCGGACGAGGAGGGGGGGCGGCGAGCGGGCAGCACCGCCAAGGUGCCCCCCAGCCCCCUGCCCGGCCUCGAGCGCGCCAAGGGCACCCCCUCGCCCUCCACGAACAGCGUCCUCUCCACCGGCACCACGCGCAGCCGGAACUCCCCCCUGCUCGACCGCGCCAGCCUGGGCCAGAGCUCGCUGCAGAACGGCAAGGACAGCCUGCCCGCCCCGGGCUGCCGACCCUCGCCCGCCGCCCCCCCGGCCCCGGGGGCCCCCCCGCGGCCCCGGCAGCACCCGAAACCCGCCGCGGCCCCCGCCGAUGCCAACUGCGAGGGGCCCCGACCCAGCGCGGCCCCGGCGCGGGUGCCGGUGGCGUCGCCGUCGGCGCACAACAUCAGCCAGGGGCUGUGCGAGCGGCCCAGCUUCCCCCGCGGCGUCUCGAGCCGCAGCACCUUCCACGCCGGGCAGCUGCGGCAGGCGCGCGACCAGGCCCCCCUGCCCUACGCCGUGCCCCCCCCCCCCGCCUCCCCCUCGGGCGCCAGCCAGGGCCGCCGCGGCCCCUCCGCCAGCCUCUUCAGCAAGUUCACCUCCAAGUUCGUCCGCAGAAAUCUGUCUUUCAGGUUUGCCAGAAGGAACCCGCACGAGCCCGAGAGCAAGGAGCGCGUGGAGACGCUGCGGCCGCCGGUGGGGGUGGAGAAGGAUCGCGAGGACGUCGGCGUCGGGGGCGGCCGGGAGGCGAAGCCGCGCUCGCUGCGCUUCACGUGGAGCAUGAAGACGACGAGCGCCCUGGAGCCGGGCGAGAUGAUGCGGGAGAUCCGCAAGGUGCUGGACGCCAACAGCUGCCGCUGCGAGCUGCAGGAGCGCUUCGUGCUGCUCUGCGCCCACGGCGCCCCCGGCCACGACUCCUUCGUGCAGUGGGAGAUGGAGGUGUGCAAGCUGCCGCGCCUCUCGCUCAACGGCGUCCGCUUCAAGCGCAUCGCCGGCACCUCCAUGGCCUUCAAGAACAUUGCCUCCAAGGUGGCCAACGAGCUCAAGCUCUGAGCGCGCACCCCCCCCCGGGGGGGCUCCUCCCGUUUGGGGGGGGGGGGGCGGCUCCU